AUGGCUAAACAUGUUGCGAUUAUUGGCGCAGGGAUCUCUGGUUUAACAGCAAUAAAACAGUGUCUAGAUAAUGAGUUGAUUCCAAUUUGUUUUGAACAAAAUUCCUUUAUCGGUGGAAUAUGGAGAUACGAAGAUGUUUGUGAAAAAAAUAAUGAACCUUAUUCUUCAAUUUAUAAAGGUGUUUUAACUAAUACAUCUAAAGAAAUGACGACGUUUUCUGAUUUUCAAAUUCCAGCUGACUGGCCGAUUUAUAUGAAUCAUUCACUAAUAGAAAAAUACAUUGAUAUGUACGCUGAACAUUUUAAUCUUUUACCUCAUAUUAAAUUUAAUACUACCGUGUUAAAAAUAUCAAUUCUACCUGAUAACCGUUGGAAAGUUAAAUAUAUAAUCCAAAGUGAAAGUGAGGAAAAAGAAGAGAUUUUUGAUUUUGUAAUGGUUUGUUCCGGUCAUCGCAAACCUAAGUGGCCCGAAUUUAAAGGAAUGAAUUUAUUUAAAGGUGAACAAUUGCAUUCUUAUAAGUAUAAACGAGCUAUAGAUUUCGAAAAUAAACGCGUUUUGGUUGUUGGUUGCGGCAAUAGUGCAUUGGAUAUUGCGGUUGAGUUGACAUAUUCUGCAUCACAAGUCUAUUUAGGCAUUCGUAGAGAAAAACUUCCGUGGAUAGUACCACGCUUCAUAAAUGGUAAAGCGCUCGAUCAUAGUGUAUCUCGUUUCUCUGCAUAUAUUCCACUUUCUAUUAAAGGAGGAAUUCUAGAAAACCAUAUUAUUAAAACUUUUCCAUUUCCCUCUCAUCUAAUGCCUACUGAUCCUUUAAUUUCUACAUAUUUUGCUAUAAAUUCUGAGAUUUAUCAGUGUCUCGCAGCUGGUACAGUUAUUGUAAAACCGAGCAUUAAAGAAUUUAAAUCUGAAAAUAAUCAAAUUGAAUUCGUUGAUGGAACUUUUUUAGAGAAUAUUGAUGUUGUUAUUUAUUCUACUGGUUAUUACAUUGAUUAUCCAUUUUUAGAAAAACAUAUUUAUAUUGGUGGUGAUGAAAUUGAACAAGAAUAUGGAAAUGAAUUUCAUGAUUUAGUUUGGUUAUAUAGAUCGAUAUUUCCUCCAAAGUAUCCAAAUAUUGCUUUUAUUGGGUUGGAAUUAGGUGCUGGUUCUACUUCAUCAAUGAGUGAAAUGCAAGCACGUUAUGCAGCAAGUCUUUUUAAAGGAUUUACCAAGCCGCUCCCAUCUCAAAAUGAAAUGGAAAAGUCUAUACGUGAAUAUUAUAAAAGCAUUCGUAAAAAUUAUUGUAAAUCUGAUCGUAGUGCUAUUCGGUUAUCUUAUAUACCUUAUAUGGAUACUUUGAGUAAAGAAAUUGGUUGUUAUCCUUGUUCUUAUGAAAUUAUUAAAAAAUUUGGUUUUAAGUUUUGGAAAUUAAUUAUUUUUGGCAUGGCUACUCCUAUUCAGUAUCGGCUACUAGGAAGGAAUUCUUGGGAAGGUGCAAAAGAAGCUAUUUCGCUUUAUAACAAAUAUAGUUUUAAAGCUACUGCAAGAGAAUCAAGGGGUUAUAAAUCAUGGAUAUAUAUCCUUAUUAUUUUGUUAAUAUUACUAAAUAGAAAUGCCGAAACCGCAAUAAUUUUUAUGAAAGAAAAAGCUGAAUCAUAUUAUAAAAUUAGAGAAAUAGAUUAG